AUGGCAGAAUAUGACCAAACCAUCCGUUACAUUCCACAACAAGCUUUCAACUAUGCAGGUCAAUAUCCAGCACGAACACAAUAUAGCCAAUCUAUACCAACACAACAGUUAUCUUCCUAUAAUUUAAACCAACAAACCUCAUACCUCGAUCCAUAUUUACCAAAUAAGAAUCCAAAACAAAAUGUACCUCAAGACACCAAUGUGAAUAAAGCACAAAUUAACAACCUGAAUAGUCAAACAAAACGUUCACAAAUUUGUAGUAAAAAGUGUAUCAUAAUAUGUCUUGCUGGUACUGGAAUUUUAUUAUUAAUAGCCGCUGCAUUUACUGUACCUCUCGUAGUUAUACUAACUUUACCACCAGACUCAAAUGGUUUACUCUCAUUGUAUGGUGUGCAACUCAAUCUAAAUCCUUCUUCAUUAUCUAAUAGUUGGUCUCAAUGUUAUACAGCAACAUAUGCAACAAGUAUGGGUACAACUAAUCUUAAUACAAUAUUAAGUGCAUGUAAUAAAAAUAUGCUAUUACUUGGCUGUCGACAAACCGGUAAUACAAUUAUGGAUGUAGCAGCAAUGGGAUAUCGAGCUGAUGUUUUAUAUAAUUGUGCAACAACAAGUAAUUGUCGAAAUGUGGCUAAUGGUGUUGGAUGGUAUUAUUCAGAUGUUUAUUCAUGGGGUUUUGCAAAUGGUACUGAUAGUGUAACACGUAGUAUUUGUGAUACUAGUUCGACUAACCCUGGUUAUCGUUUAUGUUGGCAUACUGAAAAUAUUGAUGGAUAUAGAUGUGGAUCAGUUAUCACUUAUGGUAACAACUAUGAAAAAGUGAUUUAUCAUUCAAACUGA